AUAAAGAAUUACACAAGAGGAAAGACAAAAGCAGCAAAGCUAACAUGCCCCUAAUCCCAGUAUUGCACUGACAACCUUAUAAUCCAAAUCCCUCUAUAAAUUCCCAACAUAUUCCCCAGAGAGAAGUGGAAGUAAGGUAGAGAUGGAUAAGCAAACUCAGGUGGUGAAGUCUAGAGUUGUCAAAGUAGACUCAGAAGAGUCUUGGGAUUUUUACAUCACACAGGCUAAUAAUCAAGGCUGCCCUGUUAUGGUACAUUUUACAGCAGCUUGGUGCGUGCCCUCCGUGGCCAUGAAUCCUUUCUUUGAAGAACUGGCCUUGAGCUACCAAGAUAUUCUGUUUCUUUUAGUGGAUGUGGAUGAUGUGCAGGGAGUAGCAAUGAAGAUGGAGAUCAAGGCCAUGCCAACUUUCUUGUUGAUGAGUCAAGGAAGUCAGGUUGACAAGCUUGUGGGUGCAAAUCCUGAUGAGAUUAGGAAAAGGGUUAAUGGUUUUGCUCACCAAAUUCGAUCCAGUAAAGCUGCAUAAACAUUAAUUUGGUGAUCAUAUGCCUUAAGACAAUAUUGUAGAACAAGGUUUUUAGGGUUUAAUCCCCUUUAAUUUCUCCUUAAUUACGUGUUUACACCUUUAACUUGUGUGUUUUUUAUGGAUAAAACCAUAAACCCAUUAAAGUAGACAA